GAAAAAUCUUGAAAAAUAGUUCAAAGCUGCUGUAGCAUAUCGUGAGCUUUUGCUGAAUGCUCAAUAUUAAGCGGCGCUGAGAGACGCUGAGGGGAUCUGCUUCCCCCAUAGAUGCAUUCAAUCCACAGUGCUUCUUGCUAUGCUAACCUCAACCACUCUCUAUCCCAGUUCAAUCCAGUUUCCAACUGUUUGGUUGGAUCCAAUGUGCUACUGGCCUCCUGCGCACCACCGGCUGUUCCUAGCUUCAGAUUGCGUGCUAUUCAUUCUGAAUUCUUGCCCAGAAUUAGUUAUUUUCCGAACCCAAGUUUUGUUUUCGCACGCAGGAAACCCUGGCGCUGUGUAGUAGCCAGGGCCACCGGAACUGACUACUAUUCGACUUUGAAAGUUAGUAAAAAUGCUUCUUUGCAAGAGAUUAAGAGCUCUUACAGAAAACUAGCCCGUAAGUAUCAUCCAGAUAUGAACAAGAGCCCGGGGGCAGAAGAGAAAUUCAAGGAGAUAAGUGCUGCAUAUGAGGUUCUAUCAGAUGAUGAGAAAAGAUCUUUAUAUGAUCGCUUUGGUGAGGCAGGUCUACAAGGAGAAAAUGGAGGGUCAGCUGGUACUUCAGGGGUUGAUCCUUUUGAUGUAUUUGAUGCAUUCUUUGGUGGUUCGGACGGUCUAUUUGGAGGUGGUGAUGAACUAGGAGGAAUGAACUUCAAUUUGAGAAACAACAGAAAAAGGGGUCUUGAUAUUCGGUAUGACCUUCACUUGAGCUUUGAGGAAUCUAUUUUUGGAGGAAGGAGAGAAAUCGAAGUUCCUUGUUUUCAGACAUGUAAUGAUUGUGAUGGUACAGGAGCUAAAUCAAAGGAUUGCAUUAAGCCAUGCAUAAAUUGUGGUGGCAGAGGAGGAGAGAUGAAAAGUCAAAGAACCCCCUUUGGAGUAAUUUCUCAGGUUUCAACCUGCUCUAAGUGCCGUGGUCUUGGCAGGAUAGUCACUGAUAACUGUCAAAGGUGUAGUGGCAGUGGCAUGGUGCAGUCUAAACAAACAAUGGAAAUGGUCAUUCCUCCUGGUGUCAAUGACGGAGCCACAAUGCAAAUUCGAGGCGAAGGGAAUUUUGAUAAGAAUAGGGGUACAGCUGGUGACCUUUACAUAGUCAUCCAUGUAGAUGAAAAAGAUGGAGUUUGGAGGGAAGGUCUUCACUUGUACUCAAAGAUUAAUAUUGACUUCACAGAGGCAAUUCUAGGGUCUGUUAAAAAGGUAGAAACUGUUGAGGGUUUAAGGGAUCUCCGAGUACCUUCUGGCAUUCAACCAGGAGAUUCCGUCAAGUUAUCACGUAUGGGAGUUCCUGACAUGAACAAACCAUCUGUUCGGGGCGAUCAUUACUUCAUUGUGAAUGUCCUCAUCCCUAAAAGUAUCAGUGUUGCUGAACGUGUACUUGUUGAGGAAUUGGCUUCACUCAGAUCAUCUGGCGAAGAUACCCCAAUUUCUUCUAAUAACAUUGGGACACCUAAUGGGGGAGUAAAUGAUUUCAAAAAGAGGCACCCAAAACGCCAUUCAAGCAUGGGAAGCAAGCAAGGUUCUCUAUGGAGAUCAAUCAGGAAUUUCUUAAGGGGAGGGCAAUCUCAAGAGAAGUUUGCAUCUAUUAGCUUGGAUUCCUCAGCAGCGUCGUGGAGAUUUGACAAGUCGAACUCAUCUAACCCUAAUUAUUUUGUAUUUGGUUUCGUUAUGAGUUGUAUUAUUUUCUAUAUAUCUAGGUCUUAUUUCGCUUUGUUUAAUAAACGGACCCUUCCCUCUACCCAUAGAACACCUAGUGAAAGGACAUUAAAAGGAAGAGAUUUUUCUGUUUGAGCUAAGAUGAGAAUAUCACCACGUUUUUUCUUACUUAAGCUAGGCACGAAUGAAUAUGGUUGUACAUUAGAGCUAUCUUCUGCAUCUGCAUUCUUUGCUUCCACAUCAGGAAAUCUUGCAGCAGCCUUAGACAUUGAGAGCUCACAAUCUAUAUGAUAUCUGGUUCUGAAACUAUAUUAUGUCUCCUGGCUAAAUUUUCAAUUGAAGUUAGUCUUACGGUUUGUGGCAGUAGGUCUACUUUUGAAUUGUUGUAUAGCGCAUUCCAGAUGGAUCAAUUUAAUUUAUGAAGUACCCGAGUUUCCUUUUUGCUUCUGGUAUCUAUUAAAGGGAGACUUGAUGUAAGAAUUAGACAGGUUUUUCGGUGCAUGUUCCGGAGUCCGGACUGUAAAGAAUGACUUCUACUAAACAUUGAUACUUUUUAAGCUUUUUGAAUGGCAUGACUUGGUUAUGAAUUUUAUUGACA